GAACAACAGAGAUCGCGAUUUCAGCUUUCGAGGGAGAAGAAUCUGUGCUGUCCGAAGUAUGGACUCAGCAGAAGGGACUAAAAAGGACCCAGAGUUAACUCCAGAUCCAGGAGGGCAGGAACCUAAUCAAAAUGAUCAGGACCAAUCAGGCGCUGAAGCCGUGAUUGGCAGGCAGCUAAGUGAGCCCGGACGCUUUGCCUAUGCUGGUUUAUGUGGAGUGUCCCUGGGCCAGCUCUUCUCAGGACCUGAACAGAGGAGCUUUCGGGAGCAAUUUCUUGAGGGUCUGGUGCGCUGGUUGGGUCUUGAUGAAUCUGUCAUGCCAGUCAUGGGGGCUUUCCUCUCAGGGCUUGGGUUUGAGGGUAGUGACACCUUCCUUUCCAUCUUACAAUCAGAAUCUUUACUGAGUGCAGGAGCCUUACCUGUCAUGCAGGACCUCGUGUCUUUCUCUGUCAAAGAUGGUCAUUAUGAUGCCCGGGCCCGUGUCCUGAUCCGACAUGUUUGCUGUCUACUCCGUGUAUCCCCUCAGCAGCUCGAGGACUUUGAGGAGACACUUGGAGAGCGACUGAGAGAAGGAGGAGAGGAAAGCGAAGAGGAAUCAUCGAGGCGCCAAAGAAAAGAGAGGGGCCGCAAACUGCGCCGCUAUUUCCUGAUUGGCCUUGCCACUGUUGGUGGGGGCACUGUAAUCGGUGUGACAGGGGGACUGGCCGCUCCCCUGGUGGCGGCGGGAGCAGGGGCUGUCCUGGGAGCAGGUGGGGCAGCUGCUCUCGGUUCAGCGACAGGCAUCGCCAUCAUGGCCUCUCUGUUCGGAGCAGCAGGAGCUGGAUUGACUGGCUAUAAAAUGAAAAAACGAGUGGGAGCGAUUGAAGAGUUUCAGUUCCUUCCCAUGAGACCAGGAAAACACCUUCACGUGACAUUGGCUGUGACCGGCUGGCUUUGCAGUGGAAAAUACAGUUCUUUCCAGGCACCCUGGAGUUGUUUAGGUGCAUGUGGAGAGCAGUACUGUCUGGUGUGGGAGUCACGCUUCCUUCGGGACCUGGGGUCGGUCCUGGACUCGGUGUGGGAUGGACUAGUCAGUAUGGUGGCAUCGGAGGCCCUAAAGUACACAGUGUUGUCAGGCAUAGUGACAGCUCUCACGUGGCCUGCGUCCUUAUUAGCUGUGGCCAGUGUAAUUGACAACCCCUGGGGAGUGUGUCUGAGUCGCUCUGCAGAGGUGGGAAAACACCUGGCUCAGGUGCUCAGAAGCAGGCAACAGGGAAAACGACCUGUCAGCCUAAUUGGCUUCAGUCUUGGAGCAAGAGUCAUCUACUUCUGCCUACAAGAGCUGGCCAACGAACAAGGUAGUGAAGGUGUCAUUGAGGAUGUGGUUCUACUGGGAGCUCCUGUGGAUGGAUCAGACAAGGUGUGGGAAAGGCUGUCUAAGGUUGUUGCCGGAAAAAUUGUGAAUGGUUACUGCAGAGGGGACUGGCUUCUUGGAUUUCUCUAUAGAAGUUCAUCUGUCAAGCUAUCUGUCGCUGGGCUGCAUCCAAUCAGCUCCAAUGAUCGACGCAUAAUCAAUGUGGAUCUGUCAUCUGUGGUCAAAGGACACCUAGAUUACAUGCGUCAGAUGGACACUAUUCUUGUGGCUGUGGGUGUGCCUACCCAGGAGCAUGCUGGACACGUGAUUGGCUGCUCUCACUCACUGACUGUUGCUCAGGGAAAAUUGGAAACUACAGAGUCCCAGACAGCCAAUGAGAGUGGAGUUGGGGAGGAGAGGCAUAUUUGCAACCCAAAUGAAACUGAGCAGACCAGCACCAGUGAGGAAAUGAAAAAAACAAUGAAAAAGACAUUGGAAGGGAGUGAUGAAGUUCCAGAGAAGGACAAACCAGGAGAUGGUUGGGACAUCCCAGAUAUAUCAGAUCUCUUAGAUUCACUUAAUGACUCUGAUUCUGCAGCUGAACGUAACGAGAAGGAAAACAGUUUGGAUUGUGCUCAGGAAAAUAAGCACCACUGUGAAAUUAGUGUCCCCAAGCUCAGAGAAGAAGAAACAGAGGAAACUGAUUGGGACGCUGAGCAGUCGUCCUGGGAUUGGGACGCUACACACUGGACAACCGAACACACGCACACACCUGACCGAACUGAAUGCACUGCACAGGACCCACUAAUCAAUGGAAAACCUGCCUUUUGUCAGUCUGGAGAAAUACCACAUUUCCAUUAUAAGCCAGUAACAGAACAGUCAAAGUCUACAGAUUCAAAUGGCAACAUUCCUCAAAGCAAAACAGAAUGUGGGGAUUCAUUUAGCUGAGCCUGUCCUCAUUAAUUUAAUUAAGUUAUUUUGGUUAAUGUCAGAUUAACUGUUACAGCCUAACAAUGUGAUUCCAACAUUUGUUUCCCUUUAGGUACAUUUUCAUCAUUAUCUGUUGAAUACUGUGCAUCACCUGGGGAUCUGAGUAGACAAAAUAAGAACCUUAAUUAAAGUGUUAAUUGCAGUUUCAGAGACAGCCACUUGACAUUGCCUUGGGUAUUAGCAAGAUUUCCUGUCUUUUCUUCUAGUUUUUCCAUCUGUUAUUUUGGUUGUUAUGGUAAUAACAGAAGUGGGAGCUUCA